AUGUACACUCUCCGACGACUUCAUCGUUCCCGUCGCAGAGGAAGAGGAGUCCAGUACCUGGUGGACUGGGAGGGUUACGGCCCUGAGGAGAGGGCUUGGGUUCCAGCUCGUCAUGUGUUGGACCCCCGGCUCAUCAGGGAGUUCCAUCGGCGUAAUCCCGAGCAACCGUCUAAGACCGUCACGUCGACGGGCAGAGACACAGGGAGAGUCUCUCCUCUUACCGUCAGCUCUUCAGAGGAGGACAGCGAGGGGCCGGCUUCUGAUGAGGACGCAGAUUCCCACAGGGGGCAGGAGCGGGAGGUGGAAAUAACUUUUUCAGAUGAGUAUUAA